UUUGUCCGCCCGUGUCAGUGAAGUCUAUCAUCAGGGAAUGAAGUGGCAUCCAAAAAACAUGGCGAUAGUUCCCCCUUCCGAGUAAAUCGCCACCAGUGAAUGUCAAAUCAUCCCCGGACAUAUCCAACAAAUGUCACGUCUCAUCUCCCUGAGAAUCAGAAAUGUCACAUCGAAUAUUCCCCAGUGAAAAUCGUUUCGAAUGACCGAGUAGUGUCUCCAUGGAAGAGUGUACUUGAACGGUGCCUAAAUCCUACAUUCAAGUGACAAAAAAAAAAAACAGUGAAAACAAAUAGUCAUCAGAGCCAGUAGUUGUGAAACGUCACGACAAACGUUGUAAUAGGUCUCCCCCACGUACAGUGACACUCGGGUGUGUAAAAAUGAACCAGGAAACAGUCUAUGGUACUCACGAGGACAGCCAUGUGGUCAUGUCGGAGAAAGUACAGUCACUGGCGGGAAGUAUUUAUCAGGAGUUUGAGAGAAUGAUAGCUAGGUAUGAUGAGGAUGUUGUCAAGGAGCUCAUGCCCCUCCUAGUCAAUGUUUUGGAGUGUCUUGACAUUGCUUAUACGGAGAACCAGGAGCACGAGGUGGAGCUCGAGCUCCUCAGAGAGGACAAUGAACAACUGGUGACUCAGUAUGAGAGAGAAAAACAACUCAGGAAAACAGCUGAUCAGAAACUCCUGGAGCUGGAGGAUGUGGCGGAGGAUGAGAGAAAGGAAUUACUGUCCAAGAUUGACAGUCUGGAGUCAAUCCUACGAAUGCUGGAAUUGAAGACCAAGAAUUCACACGAUCAUGGUACAAAUGACAAUGACACCAGUUCAUGUCCCCACAGAACACAUUUAUACAUGGUUCGUCUGGAGGAGAAAGAGGCCGAGCUGAAGCGCGAGUACUCCCGCCUCCACGACAGAUACACAGAAUUAUUCAAGACCCACGUUGACUACAUGGAGAGGACGAAGAUGUUGGUUGGUAGCACUGAGAGAUUGGAGAACUCAACUGGUGGUCGUGGCCCUGCACGACUACCGGCACUCGGUCUUGCCCACAUGUCCAGAAGUUCCGGACCCCUCAGCUACGGAUUCCAGAGUUUAGAGACCAGUAUGACUGCCGAGGAUAUUCAGGAGGAGAUGUCCAAUAGUGGGGCUAAUCUCAAGUCAGAGAUGCAGGACAGCAGCAGUGAAGCGGUGCCUGAAACCUCGGAUAAGAGCCAGUUGACAGAUCAGCCGAUGCAGGAGCACAAGACAACAGCUAUUGCCAGAUCAUUUAUAGAUGAAAGUCCUGAGACUGAAAUACCUCCUCUCAUUGUCACUCCAACAACACCAACAGUUGAGAAAUUUGGGUCGACCCCCAGUGGUCGCAGCAGAACGGAGAGGGAACAACGAAGUGGGAAUACACUUUACCAGGAGCUCAGCUUCCAAGACGCCGAUGCACUGGGAGAAAUGGACGAGGGGGCGGACAUCACCGGCAGUUGGGUUCAUCCAGGAGAAUAUGCCUCAUCGGUCAAUGACAACUUCUUCGGAAUGGGGAAGGAAGUGGAGAAUUUAAUUAUGGAAAAUAAUGAACUACUGGCGACGAAAAAUGCUCUAAAUAUCGUGAAGGACGACUUAAUAGUGAAAGUCGACGAAUUAACCAGCGAACAAGAAAUUCUGCGCGAAGAAGUACGAGGAAUGCAACAAGCGAGGGAUCGGCUUCGUCAGAAGGUAGCAGCCCUGGAAGAGGAACUGAAGAAAACCAAAGAAGAAGCGGAGACAGCGGCGAAAGCCACGAAGAGUGACGACGAGGAGGAUGUACCGCUCGCCCAGAGGAAGAGAUUCACAAGAGUGGAAAUGGCUAGGGUACUUAUGGAGAGAAAUCAGUACAAAGAGAGGUUUAUGGAGCUCCAAGAGGCUGUGAGAUGGACUGAAAUGAUUCGGGCCAGUAAGACAGAUCCCGCUAGUAUCUCUGGGGGAAAACAAUCCGUUUGGAAGUUUUUUAGUAAUCUCUUCACCGGACCCGCAGACCGGGGGACCAUUCCCCGGGGUUCCCACACGUUACCGCACAUCCGUUACAGUGCCCCAACGAAUCAAGUUGUUCCAGGACCACCGCUGGACGCAAUGCGACGACGUACAUUGAAAAACCGCCACGACUUUCUGGAUCAGGGUGACACCAUGUGUUUCAGAGCUUCAGAGAAACGCGUAGCACGACUUGCCAACGAGAGGAAGGAGCACUAUCGUCAGGUGAGGGCACACGUGCGUAAAGAGGAUGGCAGACUGCAGGCUUACGGCUGGAGUUUACCUGGGAAGCCCAGUGUACCGGCUAGACAACCUGUUCCAGUCCCAGUUUACUGUCGCCCACUCCAGGAAACCGAGCCGGGAAUGAAGAUUUGGUGUGGAGCUGGGGUAAAUCUAAGCGGAGGAAAAACUCGUGACGGUGGUUUAGCAAUUGGUGGAAGUGUAUUCUACGCUGACGAGGCCCAAGAAACCAUAAAUGUCAAAGGUGAAGUUGAAGAUGCAGUUGAGCAUCUGGACCAGGAGCUGCAGGAGAGUGAGCAGCGUCGCCUCGAGGCGGAAAAACUUGAGCAGCAACUGAGCUCCCUAGUGUGGAUUUGUACGUCAACUCAAAAAAUGUCCAAAGUCACUGUGAUAGACGCUAAUAAUCCAGCUGAUAUAUUAGAAGUAUUCAAUGUUUGUCAGAGCCACUUGCUGUGUAUAGCGAGUGUACCUGGUGCCAAGGAGAGUGAUUAUCUCCAGAGUACAGAGGACUAUGGUAUGCGAAUAGCUAAUGGUGCUUGUGAUAACGAUACCAAUAGCAAACGUGCCAACGAGGGUCAGAUCGCCGAGGAGGCGAUGGGCGACGGUAAGAAUUGCCAAAAAAUUUGUGACCCCGAUGAUCGCAGCCAGGCGACCUGGGAUCGGUCCAGCUACCCCUAUGAGCAGGACAGUGACGACUCGGAGGCGGCGGGUGACAUCUAUGAAUGCAUAAAUUCGCUACGACAAAGUUUAGAAACUAUUGACAGUGAGACAGCUAAUCUGCCGAAAGUUCAGUUUGUUAAGAGCCAGUUGGAGGAGGUAGUUGCUAAGAAGAGCGACGGGGAGGAGGAUGAGGAGAGCGAGGAGAUUGUCGAGACGAAUAUUGAGAAAAUGUCGUCUAUUCAACCCACUAUGUGGCUUGGGGCCCAAAAUGGGGCAGUUUAUGUCCACUCGGCGGUCGCCAAGUGGUCCGUGUGCUUGCAUACUGUCAAGCUGAGGGAUGCAGCCCUGUCAAUAGUACACGUUCAAGGACGAGUCCUGGUGGCUCUGGCUGACGGGACAGUUGCGAUAUUCCGACGAGGGUCGGAUGGCCAGUGGGACCUGUCACAGCACCACAUAAUCACUCUCGGCAGCCCCCAGCACUCGACUCGCUGUAUGACCGCGGUGUCUGGGAAAACCGUUUGGUGCGGAUACAAAAAUAAAAUUCACGUUAUCGAUCCCAUUUUAUUGACUGUCGAGUGCACCGUGGAUGCUCAUCCGAGGAGAGAGUCUCAAGUGCGUCAGUUAGCCUGGCUUGGAGAGGGGGUCUGGGUCAGCAUUCGGUUGGAUUCUACAUUGAGGCUGUAUCAUGCACACACUUAUCAGCAUCUUCAAGACGUCGACAUCGAGCCGUACGUCAGCAAGAUGCUGGGAACGGGAAAACUUGGCUUUUCGUUUGUAAGGAUCACAGCACUGCUCAUAUCCUCCAACAGGCUGUGGAUUGGGACUGGGAAUGGAGUUAUCAUAUCUGUGCCGUUGUCCGAGAGUGCUGGUGGUUCAUUGGCAGUAUCAAGAAUACAAACAGUCGGUUGUAAAACAGAAGCACCAGGAAUUGGUGUUCGUGUAUUUGCAUCAGAUCGUGGUGUUACCCCAGGCAGCUUCGUGCCCUACUGCAGUAUGGCCCAUGCUCAAUUAAGCUUCCAUGGACACCGAGAUGCCGUCAAAAUGUUCGUCGCAGUUCCUGGACAUGGAGGACAAAGUGCGGUUUCUGAUGGCACCCAGCCCGCGAUGCUCGUGUUAUCAGGGGGUGAGGGGUACAUUGACUUCAGAGUUGGUGAUGUCGACGAUACCGAAGAGGGUCUGAAAUGUUCUAGUACAGCAGUGGCUAAUCCAGAGGAGCAAGGCGAACAGAGUCACUUGAUAGUGUGGCAGGUCCAAUCACCAUUGCCAAUGAACAUGAAUGGUUAAUAUCCCUACGACACCUGUAUAAGAAUGUGUGUAUUUUAAUUGUCAGGGUGCAAUAACUUAACGAAACGAAGAAGACAAGAAUGGUGUGGAGUUUAGGCAGCGAAUUUCCGCUCUCAAUCGGUUUUUAACGUAGAUAUGAUUAUGUUAUUGAAAUCAGUCAUUGAAACGUAGCGACAGAGCAACGAUUUAACCGAUGAUGACGCUUGAUUAUGUCCGAAUACAGUCGGAGAGAAAAAAAAAUUCCAAUCUUCGAAUAGUAAAUUAUUCAUGAUUUUAGAAACGCUUAUGUACGAUAUUUCUUUUUAUAUGGAGACGACGACUGUCAUUGCCAAGUCUUAUUUUUUAGUCUAGAUACAGGGGUUUUUUAUCAUUUGUCUUGAGCCCCUCAUCAUCCCAAUCAUGGAAGAGGACAAGAGAUGAUUAAAUAAUUAGCUUGAGUACUAGAAAUUAUUGCGCUGAGGAACCUGCACGUAGGAUUCUAUCCAAUUCUACGAUUAUCAUAGACUAAUUUGUAAUAACUAUUCAGGAACGAAGAAUUUACAAGAUUACAUUAUUUAUUUAUAAUCUGAGUGAUGUUUUUUUGUCGUUUCGAUUGUAUUUUUUUAAUUUAACUGACGGAAUUUUAUUAUUUAAGAGUCACAAGUCGUCGGUUCGAGUCAUUUAUGAACAAUUGAGUGAAUCUGAGGUGUUUAUUAUUUUUUUUCUUGUUUUAAUCGGAGAGAACAACAAUUUUUUAAAUCAAGGAGAAGUGUGCAGUGUUAUAGGCUUGUUACCUUAUUUAUUUGUUUUUAAAGAUCAUCUGAAUAUACUUGAUAAGAAGAGUAAAUACUGUCACUGAUAUGGGAACGAAGUGAUUAUGUAAAAUUAUGAGCUUUCUCUUGCUUCGAUUAUCGCCCAAUUGUCCUACCAAAGAUGAGGAAAUAUUUGGAAUGAAUUGAUAUUUGGAUCAUUUGUGAUUUAUAUAAUGCAUAGUUAACUGAAUGGCUCUAGUUAAGAGAAAUAUCACUUACGAGAGUUCAUGUCGACGAACUCCUCUCUCGCUGUUCAUAAGGGCAGUUAAUCUGCUGUGAUUGAGCAUUUCGAGAUUGUGAGAAUUUGAUUAUUGUACCUGGCUCGAGCGCGGAGCCUCCGUCAUUCUAUAAUAAAAUGGAUUUACGAAAAAAUAA